AAUCAGCACAGUGAAGUUUCUGUUGUGAAAUCGUCAGUCUCUCGGUCUCACUGCAGCAACAAUGGCUUCAAACUUGUGGUCAGAGGAUCAGUUUAGCUGUUCAGUGUGUCUGGAGCUAUUGAAGGACCCAGUCACUAUUCCAUGUGGACACAGUUACUGUAUGGGGUGUAUUAAGAACUGCUGGGAUCAGACUGAUCAUACAGGUGUCUACAGCUGCCCACAGUGCUGAGAGACCUUUACCCCGAGGCCUGUUCUGUGCAGAAACACCAUGCUGGCUGAAGUUGUGGAGAAAUUAAAGAAGACAGGACUCAAUCCUCCUCCUGCUCAAAGUUAUGCUGGACCUGGAGAUGUGCCGUGUGAUUUCUGUACUGGGAGAAAGUUCAAAGCUGUGAAAUCCUGUUUGACGUGCCUGGCCUCUUACUGUGAAACACACGUCAAGCCACACUAUGAGGGGGCUGCUUUCAAGAGGCACAAGCUGAUCAAUGCAAUUGGAGAUCUGGAGCAGAAGCUUUGUGCUGAACACCAACGAUUAUGUGAGGUCUUCUGUAGAACCGAUCAGACGUGUAUUUGCUUAUUUUGUUCACAAAAUGAACACAAGAGCCAUGAUACAGUCUCGGCUGAGGCAGAAAGGACUGGGAAACAGAAGCAGCUGAGAGAGACACAGACAGAAAUACAACAGAGAAUCCAGGAGAGACUGAAAGAAAUUGAAGAGCUGAAACAGGCUGUGGAGUCACUGAAAAGAUCUGCAUGCAUAGAAAUAAAGGAAAGUGAGAAGAUCUUUACUGAGCUGAUCCGAUCCAUUGAGAAGAUCCACACUGAGGUUAUUGAGCUGAUUGGAGCUAACGAGAAGGCUGCAGUGAAUCAGGCUGAAGGACGCAUGAAGAAACUGGAGCAGGAGAUUGCUGAGCUAAGGAGGAGAAACGCUGAGCUGAAACAGCUUUCAGAGACAGAGGAUCACAUCCAUUUUCUACAGAAUUUCCAGUCUCUCUGUGCCCCUCCUGAAGCUGGAGACUUACCCAGCGUUACUGUCAAUACAGAUAUCUCUUUUGGGGCUGUGAGGAAAGCUGUAUCUGAACUUAAAGACCAUAUUGAGGACUUCAGCAAGGGGGAAUUAGUCAAAAUAACCACAACAGGUUGGUGUGAAAUAAAUCCAUUUGGUAGAGAUUUCUCAAAUAGACCAUGGCUUGAGGAGGGACAGGACCUGCAAGACAUUAAUAAAGACCUCUUGCAGAUUGUUGACUAUAUGAAGGAGGAGGGAGGCAGCAGGGAAGAAUGAGCAGAGAGGAGGGAUUUUUACAUCCUGAAAUGUCGUGAAUAAGCCUUGUUUCUUUUCAGAUUGCUGUUUGGAGUCUUGUGUGUGUUGUGUAUUAAUCCACAUGUUUCAAUUCUAUUUCUCUCUCUUUUUUUCUGGCCAGUGAAUAAAGUUGCAGUUUACAGUCUGCAGGCUCCAGAGCCAAGGAACAGAGCUGAGUUUUUAAAAUGUAAGUCUGUUUUCACUGAAACAUUUGAUUGAAAGGUGUGUCACUCCAUUGUGAGAAGAGCCACCACUACAGAACAGGGAGGGUGGAGCUUGAGGGCAGCAAUUAUUAUUAUUUAUUAGUAAUUGUGAAGCCAUUAAUCUACACUCCUCUCCAUCAAGUAUUGGUUCAGAUGAAUACAUGCAGGGAGGAGGGAGCAAAGAAGAUUGCGGCGGGAGCAUAGAGGGAGAAGGGAGGAGGGAGCAGUAAGGGCGCAUGGAUGAGGAAGCAGGGAGGAGGGAGCAUAGAGGGAGGA